AUGUGUGACCUCAUCCAAAAGGUUCCAGCCCUAAAGGAUAUAAAUAAGAGUGUGAGUUGUCAGUCUUCCCAGUUCCAGGUGCAGGAGUUUUCCAAACAGAUCAACACCAUGAAGGUUCUCAGUUCCACGCUACUGCCACGGAGGCUAUUUCUGUGCCUGGCACUGCUGGUUUCUUCUGCCAUUUCUGCAAGUACCUAUGACAAUAGCUGUGUGGUCUUCUAUGAGUUCUACACCAUCAAUGACCCAGCGAUCACAGUCAGCCCAAAAUCCUAUGAGAGCAACACACACUACAAAGACAAUUUGGAAAACACAAAAAAAGCACUAGGGAAAAAACUGAAAAUCAUCUGUAAUCCCACGACCACGAAAUUACCACAGUUAGCGGUAAACGUUCCUGUGCAAUACAAUACUACCUAUGUGUACCUGCGAGCUAUAGACAAGUUCUCUAACUUAGUAGGAACCUGGCAAAGCACAAGCCAAGAAGUCCACAAAUGUAAGGGCUUGUAUAAUGUAGAAAACUUCAACGACACAUUCUUCGAGGCAAACUGGCUAUCUCCUAAUUCCUCAGACCUAAAUGAAGUUGCAAUACAAGUCAUCACUGUGUACAACAAUCAGAACGCUACUUACUCUGCUCUGAGGCUGACUACAGGAGCCAGGCCAACCACAGCUGAUCUGACCACAGCCAGACCAACCACAGCCGAUCUGCCCACAGCCAGGCCAACCACAGCUGAUCUGAACACAGCCAGGCCAACCACAACCAGCCAGACCACAACCAGUCUGGCCACAACCAGCCAGACCACGAUCAGUCUGACCACAACCAGGCACACCACAGCCCGACAAACCUCAGAUAGGCAGACCACAGCCAGACACCUAACCACAAACACAAGUUUAGCCAACAAAAUUUACAGCAACCCCAUCACCAGUGCCAUACACAUCCUGCUUGUCUUCCUCAUCAGUAGAAUCAUCUUCUAA